AUCGCUGGUUGAAACCGAGUGCGUUUGUCCGGGUGUUUACUAUUACGGUACGUAACAAAUAAGGCACGGCAUUUAUAUUUCCAAAAUGGCGUCAGGCACAACGACUUCGCAAGACCAGCAAGAAGAAGAUGCCUCUGAGCUUCAGUUUCCAAAAGAGUUUGAAAAUGCGGAGACUUUGCUGGUGUCAGAAGUACAGAUGUUGUUAGAACACAGAAAGACCCAGAAUGAAAGUGCCGAGGAGGAGCAAGAACUGUCCGAGGUGUUCAUGAAAACCUUACAAUACACACAACGUUUCUCAAAGUUCAAGAACAGAGAGACCAUAGCAGCUGUAAGAAGUUUACUAAUGCAGAAGAAGUUACACAAGUUUGAGCUGGCUGCGUUAGCUAAUCUGUGUCCUGAUAAUGCUGAAGAGGCCAAGUCACUCAUUCCAAGUUUAGAGGGUAGAUUUGAAGAUGAAGAACUACAACAGAUUCUGGAUGACAUUCACACCAAGAGAAGUUUCCAGUACUGAGGCAAGAACAGUUUAGUACUGGAUAUUUAUUUAAAACAGUAUCUCCAGUGACACAGGGAGAUUCAUUUAUAAACAAUGCUGGAAAUUUAACAGUCAGCUACAGACAUCUUGUAUGGUUCUGUAAAAAUACGUAAAUUUAUAAGGGACAGCACCAAACUAAAUUAUUUUACGUUGGUUUUGUAAUGAUGACUUUACUGCAGGACAUUUUGAUGCAGGGAUAUUUUUAAUGAACAAUGUUUUUAUGUGUGUUGUAAGAAAAAUCAGAUGAGGCACUGUGGUCUCAUAUAGUUAAAUGUGUGACUGACUACAGAAAAAAGAGUAAAAAAAGUUUAUUUUUCUACUCUACUAUUUGAAAUAUAGGGAGAGCUAUUGUACUCACUCAGACAUAGAUGUCAAACUUAGGUUAAGAUUUUGCUUGUAAGUUGGUAUAAAUGGGUUGAAAUAUCACACACCUAUUUGAGAGCAUAAUAUAAGGUUACUGUUCAAGGACCGUAACUCUAAUAUGGAGUUUGACAGAAUUAUAGCCUUAAUUGAACAUGGAAAAUUCUUCAUUUUCAAGGUUCUUGUUUAAUAAUCAAGGACUGCAAAUAGUUGAGUCUGCUGUCCUACCAUCAGAUCUUUUAUAUUUGACGAGUUAUAGAUAAUGGAGUUGAUUAUUUCUUUGUUUUAAAUUUUGUAGGAGAGAUUUAUCUAAUUUGAACUAAAUUAGAAUAGAUAUUGUCUAAAAGAAAAUUCUUCAUAGCUGAUAUUAUUUCUUCUUAAUUUAAAGCUCAACAAAUGUAGAAGUAAUGUAUUGAGAUCAUUGUCAUUGUUUAACUAUUUGUUUUUAUGUACUCAGAGAUGGCAGCGUAAGGUUAUAUUUUAUGGAUUUAACUAGCAGUAUAUCUAGACACUUGCAGAAAUCAUGAUUACAAAAGUAGAAAAGUAUCACCUUUUUCUUCGCUGAUUUUUACAUUUUUCUUUCAUUAUCGUAUUUAAAUCAACAUGAACAGAUAAAUUAGACAUUAGUGCAUUCCGGUGAGAGAAAAGGGAAAUUGUAGCAUUUAAUAAUAAUUAAAGUGCCUUGUCCGGUAUACACCAGAAUAUGAUAUUUAGUGUGGUGCUCCAACACUUUUUUUAGCCUCAUUCAUUUUACAGUCUGUCAAGUGUCAUUAAGUCUAUGAGAAAAGAAUCAAAGCUUU